GUAGCCGGUUAAGCGAACGCAGCUCUAAAGCCGGGAGGAAAAGACUAGCGGUUCCGUGAUUUCACUGCUCAAUCGUCCCAUUGAGCACUUCGUCACCGGAGAGCGAGAGACAGUGAGAGAGAGAAGCGCCUUGAAGGAGAAGAAUGAGCGCGACGGCGGCGGCGACGACGACGGCGGGGUAUCUGGCUCGGAGGGCAGCUCAGAAGGAGAAAGUCCGUAUUCUCUACCGCCGUGCCCUCAAAGACACUCUCAACUGGGCCGUACACCGCCACCUCUUUUACCAAGACGCAUCAGAAUUGCGCGAGAGAUUCGAAUCCAACAAACACGUGGAGGAUCUUGAUACGGUUGACAGAUUGAUUGCUGAUGCGGAAGCUAGCUACAAUAAGUGGCGGCACCCUGAUCCUUACAUUGUGCCUUGGGCUCCUGGUGGUAGCAAGUUUACUCGGAACCCAACACCACCUUCAGGGAUUGAGAUAAUUUAUGAUUAUGGUCGUGAAGAUAAUGAUUGAAAAUACUAAGUGCUUCCUUUGGUUAAUAAAGGCUGAGAGAGUCCAUAGAAAUGGGAUCGAAAGAUGGCUCUGGCGGCCAAUAUCUUGUUUCUGUUCGAUGAACCUCAAUGUUUGGCUUUGAUGCUCAGUUACUCCUGACUGCUGCGUAUUUGGGUGUUUUCCCUAACUUUGACGUUUUGAUGAAAUAUUUGAAGUGCAGAUUAAUCUGCCUCCCUGACCGCUCCGUUCUAGUUUCUUUUCCAUAUAAUUGUCGUUGUGCAUGUUGACAUUUGGAUAGAUCAGCUUUUCUGUCGAUUUGGCAUCAGCAUGACAGGAGUGUAGAUAAGCCUGGCCAUAGCACAUUGUGAUUUCUGGUUGAGCACUUGGAGUAAUUGCCCAAGUUCAAGAGUAAGUAUUCAAUUUCUGUUUGCUCGUAUUA